AAUGGAGCACAGAUUUGAGAAAUGGCUGACAGCUGUCUGAUGUAAUCAUCUUUCUUUGUUGUUUUACAGAAAGCUUCACCUGGUUUGUGUGUUAAACGUGUGUGAAUCCAGAAGGGACUGGGAUGAGACCAUAUCACCUGACCUGCCAGAACCACAAACAAAACUGCAUGAAGACAAGUGCAUCUGGAGCUGUGUCCUAUCUCCCUGAUUUGCAAGGACGUGAAAAUAAAACUCCAGGCAUACUGAUCUGUGGUCUACACCGGUCUGCGAGCCUGUCAAGACUGCGUUUGGUGGAACAUUGGAGUUAAAGGUUGUUCCAGAACCACUGGUAUCAGCAAAUCAGAGGAUUAUAAACUCCAGAGACCUUGUGUUUCGAAGUUUUUGUGAAAGAGCUCUUUAAAGGAAGAGGAAGUCCGCCUGCAGAGCUAGCUUUGGUUGGAUCUUCUUCUCUAAGGCAUGUGCUGACCCCUGCUGGCUGAACACAACCUGUAGUGAGGUACAGAGGGGACACUCCGCUGGACAAUACAGGAACAGCGCACGGCAGAAGAGGAGAGCGUGUGGUUGGAUCAUGUGCCUGUGCUGAGGGGAGCUCUGGUGCCAUCAUGAGGCUGCCCGUGGCCUCCUCUUCCUCUUCCUCCUCCUCUUCCUCCUCUCUGCCCCUGCUUCUCCUGGGUCUGGCCUGGAUCGCCCUCGUGCCGCACCCGUCCUCCGGCGCUACCCCGUUCCCCCAGGACCUGGAGCCCAUCAGCACGGUGGGCAGAGAUGCGACCUACCUGUACCCCAGCUUCCAGGGCCUCAUGUCGGACAACGACACGGCUCGUCUGGGGCUGGACUUCCAGAGGAUGCUGCGGAUCAACCACAUGCUCUACAUCGCUGCCAGGGACCAUGUGUUUGCCAUCAACCUGGCGUCUUCGUCCGAGCAGAUCAUCCCACAGCAGAAGCUGACUUGGAAGACGAAGGACGUGGCCAAGUGUACGGUGCGGGGAAAAAACAGCGAUGAAUGUUACAACUACAUUAAAGUCCUGGUGCCACGGAACGAUGAGACUCUGUUCGCCUGUGGGACCAACGCCUUCAACCCCACCUGCAGGAACUAUAAGAUGUCCACUCUGGAGCAGGAGGGGGAGGAGGUGGUGGGCCAGGCGCGCUGUCCCUUCGAGUCCAGACAGUCCAACGUCGGGUUGUUUGCCGGUGGGGACUUCUACUCAGCCACCAUGACGGACUUCCUGGCGAGUGAUGCCGUCAUCUACCGCAGUCUGGGAGAGAGCAGUCCAGUUCUGAGGACCGUCAAGUACGACUCCAAAUGGCUCAGAGAGCCACAUUUUCUUCACGCCAUCGAGUACGGGAACUACGUGUACUUCUUCUUCAGUGAGAUCGCCGUAGAGUACACCUCUCUGGGCAAAGUGGUGUUCUCCCGUGUGGCUCGCGUCUGUAAGAAUGAUAAUGGAGGGUCCCCCCGGGUGCUGGAGAGGUACUGGACCUCUUUCCUCAAAGCCCGGCUCAACUGCUCGGUGCCUGGGGACUCCUUCUUCUACUUCGACGUGCUCCAGUCUCUCACCAACGUCCUGCAGAUCAACCACCGCCCCGCCGUGCUCGGAGUGUUCACCACGCAAGCCAACAGCAUCACAGGCUCAGCAGUCUGUGCCUUCUACAUGGACGACAUCGAGAAGGCCUUCAGCGGCAAAUUCAAGGAGCAGAGGAACAGUGAGUCUGCCUGGACCCCGGUGCCCGAGGAGCAGGUCCCCAAACCCAGACCCGGGUGCUGUGCGGGGGAGGGCUCUGCUGCUUCGUACAAAUCCUCCACCACGUUCCCCGAUGACACUCUGACCUUCAUCAAGUCCUACCCCCUGAUGGACGAGUCUGUGCCCUCUGUCAACGACCGGCCCUACUUCACCCGCACCACCAGCAGGUUUAAGUUGACUCAGAUCGCCGUGGACACCGCCGCCGGCCCGUACAAAAACUACACGGUCAUGUUCCUGGGCUCGGACAACGGUCACGUGCUGAAGAUCCUGGCCAGUACUCAGGGCUCCAACACCAGCUUCAACACACAGCUCCUGGAGGACAUGGACAUCUACAACCCCGACAAGUGUACGGUGCGUGGAGACGAGCGGCGCGUCCCCGGAGAGGAGAGGCGUGUCCUGGGCCUGGAGCUGGACCGGGACCAUCACGCUCUGUUUGUGGCCUUCUCCGGAUGUGUGAUCAGAGUCCCCCUGAGCCGCUGCGCAGACUACAGCACCUGCAAGAAGAGCUGUCUGGCCUCGCGCGAUCCUUACUGCGUCUGGCUCAAGUCUGGAACCUGCUCCACCGUCUCGCCUGGAUUCAAGGGCGCCUUCGAACAAGAUGUGCAAAAUGGCUAUCACCAGCAUCCUGAUACCUGCCACGAUGUCCUGGCAACCACUCGGAGACAGAACACAGCAGCGGAUUCGGCAUAUGGGAAGACCACACCCACAACUGCCAGCACAACCAAUCAGGGGCCGGCAUCCCCCAAGGAGACAGGUGACCCACGCAGAGGCGCGGGUCCCGAAGGCCCGCCUCCCCGAGUGAGGGAGAAGGGGUCACCUGACUCGGAGCCGAUCAGUGUGGAGAUGGAGGGUGUGCGGCGCCCCCCAGAGGUGGAGAAGACCAACCACAGUGUCCACUACACCCUGCUGAUCGCGUGUGUUCUGGUGGCCUUUGUCUUGGGAGCGUUCCUCUCUGGGUUCCUCGUGUCCUGUUACUGUAACCACACCGGGCACAAGACCAAGAAGCUGGCCAAAGACCCAGAAGCCCCCAUCCCACACGCCCUGUCUCUGCGCAGCCUGGCCAAGCUCAAUGGGCUUCUGGACAGCCAGAGCAAAGACGACAAGAUGGAGGUGUCCUCUCCAAAGAUCUACAACUCUCUAUUUGGCAGCAGCAAAGACCACCACCUGCCCCGCAGGAACGGCCACCAUGCGGUCACCAUGGGAGACCUGAUGCAUUCGCACCAUCACCAUCUGCACCACUCCUCCGAGCUGUCAGGUCUGCCCACACCAGACUCCACCCCCGAGCUGCCCAUUAAGAGCAUGAAGGCCUUCAAGAACCAGUGGGAGAAGAACCAGAACUGUAACAACGCCAAAGACAAGUGUGGCCUCUCCAGACCGAGCUCCGCCAUGCUGCCCCAGCAGGUCUACUCCUACUCCCACGGCCUGUCCAACGGCCUGCACCCUGAGGAGCGCAAGAUCCACAACGUGGAGAGGGUUCUGUCCCAGCCCUUCUCUGGAUACCCUCAGAAGGUCAUGGAGGUCACCUCCCUGGACGAGCUGCUCAAGCACAUCCACGAGGGGGGCAGCAGCAGUAAGCCCACCCAGCUCAUGAGCCCCUCCAGCCUGAUGGCGAGUGGAGGAGCAGGUCAGAUGGCCUUCUCCAACCGCAUCCAGCCCCAGAUCCCCGAGACCGAGUCGGCUCCGUACUACAGCUCCUCUACACUGCCCCGGGACAGCCUGACCAGGCGCAUGGACGUCCCCCCGGACAUCCCCCCACACCACCAGUCCACCCUGGAGCGCAGGCACUCCUCCCAGAGGCACUCACUGCUCACUGCAGCCAACAAGAUGGUCGCCAAUGGAGGGGGAGUGAUCCCACGCCAGCCCAGUUUUAGCCAAAGGAACGGGGGCCCUCACCAGCCCCCGCCCCAUUUGGCCCGAAUGAACUCCACUGGCAGUAGCUGUGAGGUCCACUACCCCCUCAUCCCCAACGGAUACCUGUCCCGCCAGCACAGCUACACCGGAGAGCAGGACCUGCCCCACAGAGGGGCCAUAGUGCGUCGGGCCUCCUCCCUCAAACCAGACACUCCCCCAAAGCCCCUGUUCAUCCCAGCCUCCUCCCCGGUCAACCAGCCAGGCAAGUUCAACUACUGAGGACUACAACAGGACUGGGACUCACUGUUUGUAGAGGAACGGACCUGACUCACGAUCAGACCUGAGGCCCCCUGGUGGUCAUGUGACUGCAGUGUCACUGGACAAGCCUCAGCUGAGCGUGGUUCCUCUGUCUGUCCAGCGAAUAUCUCUGUACCAUAUUGGUAUAGCUGGGCUCCCUGCUUUCCUACAGACCGCUGACUGGGAUGGCACGAUGCCUCCUCAUUUUAAACUGCCAACGUCGUGUGUGGAUUUACUAAACCACUUUGUUUGGACAAAUACAGAAGGACUUUAUGUUGAAGACUUCAAACCCAGGAUCCUGCGCCGCUUGGAUACAUGCUUUUGCUUAACCUUUUCUGAUGUAGUGUUGGAGCAGCCCCGCCCACCUCUGAUGUGUUCUAUUAUGCAUGUGUGUGUAUAUAUGUGUGUGUUUAUAGCCACACCGUAUAUGUAUACAUAUACAUAUGCAGUCUGUGCAAGUCGUGGUCCAGUCGGAGUCCCCUGAGUAGUUAGGCCUUAUUAAUAAUCUCAUCUUUGGGCAAAUUAAACUCUCCCCCCGAUCAAACAGAAGCUACGGCUCCAGUCCACGCUCUGCAUUUGCCAAACUCUCUCUGACUACAGCCCAGUGUGGAGCUGAGGAGCAGGUCAGAGCCUCUCUCCCCUCCCCUCUCUCCUCUCCGUCCUCAUCGUUCUCUCUCUCUCUUCAUCUCCCUCUCUUUCUCUCACCCCUCCUUCUCUCACUCUUUCCUUCCCUCCCUCUCCUCUCUCCUCUCUCUCAGAAGGCGCUCACAGAAUGGACUGCCGGUCUACUUAUUCACUUUGUGUGCUAUUGGUUGUAAAUAAAGGAAUAACUACUAGCCAAAUCUUUACCUGUAUGUGUUAAUGUGUGCCUUAUUUAAGACCGAAGGAAGGGAGGGGGAUGCAAGGGGCUCCAGUGUGUUACCCGCUGUCUUUUGGUUCAUUUUUUUGAUUUUCAUUUUUUGUACGCUUGUCAAUGUGUCAUACGGAGUGACGCGCUCAUUCCACCCAUGUAUUAGCCAUAUCUGACUGUGAGUUUUUUGUUACAUAUUAAUACGAGAUGACAGUAUUUUACUACACAUGUUUAUGAGAUCUGGAAUGUUCUAUCCACAUCCCUCAAGUGUGAAGAUGCUGGACUCUAUCGCAGAUCUAUACAAAGCAAAUACAUGUUUUAUCUUAUACUGACUCGCAGUUUCUGGUUCUUAUGAGAUCUUUCUGUUUUUCUGCAAUAGUUUGUGGCGACUGGUAGUGAAAAGUGUGGGCUGAGUUUGGACUUAUAACUAUUAACAACGUUUUUAGAUUCAGUCAGGGCAGUAGACGGGGGGGGGGGACAAAGAGGUCUGUUGUCCCGGGCCCCAGGAUUUUAGGGGCCCAUAAUUUUACCUUAUCUUCCUUUUUAUAUUAGAGGAGGCCCAUGUCAGUGUUCUUGCCCCCAAAUUUCUGUCCAUUUUAGUAUUCUGGGGGGUUGUGUUAUUUUACAAUGAAAUUACAUAAAAACAAAGUAAAUAAUGCUGAUUCAAAUUUUUAAAAAUACUCAAAUAUUUACUCUAUAUGUCGAUUUAUCAAAUAUAAAAGGAUUUUGCUCACCCAAUAUAUAUUUGCUCCACAAGCUUCUCAGAUUUUUACAUUUAUAUUCACUCUUUAAUACCAAAUAUGCCAAACUGACUUUUUCUCAAGCAUUAAAAUCCAGCUCCCUACAAGUUUGAGAUAAAUAUUUUAGCAUAAUAGUUACGGAGAGUAACAAUAACUGAAAUAUCCUGAUAUCGUAUCAUCAAAAGUCUCACAAUAAUAUCGUGGGCUGUCACAAUAUAUCGAAUUACAAGUUUCUGUGCUUAAAUUCAUGGUUUUACAGUAGCAAGAGCUUAUGAACAUCGAGAACUACAUAUCCCAUGAUUCAUUUCAGAGCAGAAACCAUGAAGAAAUGUUUUUUUUACUUGAAUUAUUGAGAUUAUGAUGGAAAUAAUUCACACCAAAAUCUUGUCAAGGUAUUUUAAAAGCAGAGAAGUGUCCCAUCUACAAUUAUAUCAGCCGCUUCAAAAUAUCGCAAUAAAAUAUCGUACAGUGAGAUUCAUACUGUGAUAAUAUCGUACAGAGGGAUUUGGAUAUCGUUACAUCCCUAAUAGUAAUACAAUACAUCAGUUUAUACCCAUAUUUUAGUCAAUAGACAAGCUGGAUUUGAUCAUUAUUGAACAUUAAUGAGGAUAUUUUAUUGUUGACUGAGUGAUCGUCUCUCUGGACAAUUAGUAUUACUCAAGUUUUAUACAAAGAAAAGUAGCCAUAAGUCGCCAAUUUGGACAUUAAAUGUAGCCCAUUUCUUUUCUUUUUUUCAACAUUCAAUUGAACCAGCAAUAUUGGGACAGAAUAGUCAAUAAAAUACUGACAAAAAGAUUAGAAAUGUUGAAAUGUUAAGACAGGUUUUGUGGAAUUUCUAUUGAGAUAGGUGGGCCUGUCUGCGUUUUUGUAGCGUGUUCAGUCCGGGUGCAGGAGGAGAGCGCAGCAGGAGAUCAGGAGCAGCAUUCAGUCUGUUUCUGUUCUUUGGCUUCAUUUUUGUGAGCACAGACAAUCCCAAUUCACACAGAUAUGUACAGUAGUAGUGAAAGGUAAAAGUAUAGAAGCACUGGCCCUACUGAGGACAGGAGAUUCACUCGCGCCGUCAUGUGUCAGAACUGUAUAUUGCAGACGUACAUGUAGAUCUUGACAAAGCGACCCAAAAAAAAAAAAUCUCUUGCGACCCAGUCUUUGGGAAACACUGGUCUGGAGGGUGUGACCCAAAGGACCGUGGGAUAGUCAUUAAAGUUAUAAACAAUAUACGAAGCACAUGAUUGGCUGAGCUGAUAUUUAGAUUCAAAAAUGGUCAAAAAUAAAAGUCCUUCUCACGUCAGACUUGGUCCACCUUUUCACUGCCAGAGUGUCACAGCUCACAGCUCCUCUUUAGUGUCAUUAGAAUGCAUGGGAGUAACACUGUUUCUGCAUAGCUUCAAUGAACAUGGAUGGUACUGACGGCAAAUCUACUCAAAGGUACAAAUAAAGAAACUUUGAACCUUAAAGUGCAUAUGACCAGACUUUUCGUUUGAGUGAAUCACAAAAAGAUCACCUAAACCUAAAAAAAAGGUUAACCCAGUUCUCAGUUUUUGUUUAAUUUCCUAAUUGGAAGCUCUGACAUUACACUAGGGAAUUUUAUAACUACAACUCUAUAGUAUACUGAGCCAUAACCCCUCUAAUGUACACAGAAAUGAUUAUUUGACAAAUAAAAAUGUGAAAACGCCUUUAUUUUGUUGAAUAUAUGAAAGUGUUUCUUGCAUGUAAAUAGAUAUAGAACUCUAGAGUCUCCCUAGUGUGAUGUCAUUAGUACUUUUCAGCUCUACUAGGCUCUAUUCACACUUGCCAGAAGACGUUUGGAAACACAGGGAUGACAACUUUCGGUGUAGUUACCAUAUGGUAGUUACCGACUCUGGGCGCGAGAUAAAACUGUAGAUUCAGCAGCAGCGGUUUUCACAACCUGCCAGAGCUUUCCACGGGGACGGUACUCGAAUCGCAUCUUCCGUGUCACAGGGAGCUGGUCGUAACUGUUGAUUCGCCGAACAUAACUGAACGCUACAAUCACAUCUCUGUCUUUAAUUUAACAAAAUAAAUGAUAAUACACAAAUGAAUAGGCAGUUUAUAAAAGGAAAAAGAAAGAACACGUUGACAUCUAGAUGAAGAAAACUGGGCCAUUUUCUCAGUUUUUCCAGAUUUUGUCAAAGUUCAAAGCCCAAACAAAGUCGUCAUCUGCAGGUUUCCAAAUCUUCCGGUUUUGCGAUGCAAGCGUGAAUAAGAGCUUAUUUUCAACAUAUUUUUCACCUUCUUUUCACAAACUGAAACCCGAUUGGUGUAAAACUCAUUUAUAUUUACAUAUAUUCUCUCACCAAAUUAAGUCACAAUUCUAAAAACCUUUAAGCAGGUCAUACGCACUUUAAGAUUUAAGUUGAAACAUAAUGAAAUAUAAUGGCUGAUGGUUUUAUGUAUCCAGUCUAGAAGAAUACAAUGGAUGUGACUGUGAAACUAAAAAUUAACAAACAGAUUUCAGUAUAUGUAGAUUCUAAGUUUUGUUGUAAAAAGUAUUUGGAGGUUAAAUUAAUUUGAGAAAGGCCGCUGACCACUUCUGUGCAACCACGUACUUGUUUUUAUUUUUGUCUGUUUUAUUGAUUCAAAUUACAAAGUACAGAGCGGCUAAAUGAAAAAAUAUGGUUAAAGCUGCACUGCGUAGGAUUUCUGGUGGAAGGUCUGCCAUCUGCUUGUCUCCAUGGUGAUGUUGUUACUUUGGCGAAACAAAUAUAUCUUUCAUUUAUUCGAGUAUAGGAGUUUUUAUUUCUUAAAACGACCAUAAAAGCUUGCAUUAUACGGUUAGUGAGCCCACUUCUUCACAGAUCUGACCUGUAAUUUGGCUUCUUGAUGUGGCUGCUCGUGUCCGUAACCUCUACAUGCGAGUCAAGCAGGUGGCGGACCCUCUACCAAGAAAGUUACACAAUGCAGCUUUAAAACAGUCAGCCACAAAGGUUUGUUAUGAUCGAUUUGGUGAGUUGGAGAUUAAAAACUAGUGGAGCAUUAAAUCGGUUUUGGAAAUGGUCAAAUAUUGUAGCCGUUACGUCUGCAGAGAGGAAUUGUGGCAGCUACCUGUUAUUUUGUUAAAGAACACACAUUAUGCAAACUUGACUUUUUUGACCUUUUAACAAUGUUAUACUGUUCCCUCAUGAAAAACAAACCUGGA